AUGGGAAGCGAAAGUCUAAGAGGAGAGCCCUUGCAGGACCAACCGGACUCUUUACCUGGAGACCACCUUCCGGUCAACCAUGACAAUGACGGUCCACCGGCUACUCUACCGAGAGACUGGCGUUUCUGGGCAGUGUUCUCAGCUAUCUGCUUCACAACUCUACUAGCAGCCGUCGAGUCCACCGUAGUCUCAACAGCUCUCCCGUUUAUCGCCCGUGAACUCAACGCCGGAGACCUAUACGUUUGGUUUGUCAAUGCGUAUUUCCUGACAAGUACCGCAUUUCUACCCCUUAUCGGCCAGAUGUGCGAUCUCUUCGGCCGCCGGUGGAUGAUGAUAGCAGUCGUUAGCCUCUUCGCCCUCGGUAGCGGGAUCGCUGGCGGAGCAAAUACUGCUACUAUGAUGAUCGCUGGGCGUGCGGUUCAGGGAAUAGGGGGCGGCGGUGUUAAUCUCCUCAUCGAAUUGGUUGUGUCUGACCUUAUUCCCCUGCGUCAGCGUGGUGCGUAUAUGGGUAUCGUGUUUGGCGUCUUCUCUCUAGGAACCGCCGUUGGACCUUUGGUGGGUGGUGCUAUUGUUGAUGGCACUACUUGGCGAUGGGUUUUUUAUAUUAACCUCCCAGUGUCCGGAGCGGCCCUAAUAUUGCACCUACUUUUCCUCCGAGUGAAUUAUGAUAAAGAGACAUCUAUCGUCGAGAGGCUCAAGAAAAUUGACUACAUGGGAAAUGCUAUUCUCAUUGGGAGCGUCGUCUCUGUUCUUAUCGCCCUUUCGUGGGGAGGAACACGCUACGAAUGGAAAUCAUAUCAAAUCCUCGUACCUCUUUUCCUAGGUGUCUUCGGCUUAGUUCUUUUCCACAUAUAUGAAGGGGCGCCGUGGGUUAGGGAUUAUCCAACACUACCGGAACGAGUCUUCAAACGUCGCACACCAGCUGCGGCUUUGAUAAUCGCCUUCAUUAACUUCAUCUGUUUGUUUUGGGUCUUGUAUUUUUUACCCAUCUACUUCCAAGCAGUCCUCGGGAUGUCGCCAACUAUAUCUGGCCUUGCGCUACUGCCUACCGCUCUUCUGUCGGUAGUCACUGGGGCUAUCGCUGGUGUUGUCCUGACGAAAACCGGGAGAUACCGGCCGCUGCACAUCAUCGCCUUUGCGCUGAUAGCCUUAGGCUUUGGCCUCUUCUCACGGUUCAAUCGAAACACUUCUACCGCCGAAUGGGUCAUUAUUCAGAUCAUUGCGGCUUUCGGCCUUGGUAUUAUGAUGUCCACCAACCUUCCGGCUGUGCAAGCUGAUCUUCCAGAGUCCGAUACAGCUGCCGCUACUGCCGCAUUUGCGUUCGUGCGUGCCUAUGGUUCAAUAUGGGGUGUUUCGAUUCCUGCAGCUAUCUUCAAUGCGAAGUUCGCAACCGAAUCUUGGCGCAUCGACGACUCGCAGAUAGAGGUCCGGCUAUCUGGUGGGAAUGCAUACGAGUAUGCUAAUGCUGACUUCAUACGAAGCUUCCCAGAACCUCAGAGAGGCCGUGUUAUUGACGUUUACACGCGUAGCUUGCAGUUGAUAUGGCAGGUCUCUCUGGCUUUCGCGCUACUGGGAUUCCUGCUCUGUUUCCUUGAGAAGGAGAUAAUGUUACGGACACAGCUAGAAACAGAAUUCGGCUUGGAGGAAAAGAAAAAGGGCGACGGCUUAGAAGGUAGUUCUGAUACUACCGACGUGAAUCGGCCUGCGCAAGAAUAG